AACAAUUUGCAGCUGGCUUCCUCCACGACUACUCAAACUGCUGCCGAACAAGACUGCGUUUCGUGCAAAAUUAUUGGCACCGGCAGUCUUUUUGGCAUCGGCUGCUACAUCAUUUUUGCUACAAGACCAGUGGGAUACUAUGCAACAAGACCAGUGACUCGUCAAAUCAUUCGAUCCUUAUCAGCAGUUCCAUUCUACGCGUCGGUUGCCCGCUGGUUCUACCUUCCUCCAUUUGAAUCGAUUGAUCCAACGAAGGAUCUAACAAUCUUCGUGAUGGGCGUAAGUGGUUGUGGGAAAAGUACAAUUGGUAGUUCCCUAGCUUCAAGACUCAACAGGACAUUCAAAGAUGGUGACACUUUCCAUCCACCUGAAAAUAUCGAGAAAAUGCGUUCUGGAAUUCCUCUAACAGAUGAGGAUCGUCUUCCAUGGCUUCAACUGAUCAAUGCAUUUGCCAGAAGUAAUCCUGGAUGUGUUAUAGCUUGCUCGGCUUUGAAAAAGUUGUAUCGUUCCGUUCUUUCGGAAAAUCUCCCUCCGACAACGGAAGGAAACACCGGAGGAGGCGGUAUGUUCGUCUUGUUGAAUUUAAAAAGGCAAGUUGAAUUUGUGUUGAGUUCAAAUAAAAAGUGGAAGAAGGCAAGAAAAGAGAGAGGAAAAUGGACACAACAAACAACUCUAAAUUCGCUCGCCCACUUCCGUCCGUUUUUUCGCACAUUUUCACGCAUCCAUCGUUUCAAUUUUUGCAGGGAAGUUCUUCAAAAACGGGUCGAGUCUCGUCCCGGGCACUUCAUGCCAUCCAUACUACUUGACAGCCAACUAGCAACACUUGAAAUGCCGGGGAGCAACGAGCCAAAUGUGAUUAUCAUCGAUGCGGAUCAUUCAGAAACACAUGUUGUCGAUUCAAUAAUAGCUCAAUUAAAUCUUUAA